UUGACGAAAACCUCACCCUACGACGUUACCUCCCCACUCAGAUAACAGUUAUGUUUGUUGUACUUUUUGUUUAUUUAUAAAACCAACGUCGUCGGCCCAGAACUGUUAACAAACUUUUCGAGGAUGGAUUACGGAAACGUCAGCUUUUCCAUAUCUGCUCCUGGCAAAGUCAUCCUCAUCGGUGAACACAGCGUGACAUACAAAAAACAGGGCAUCGCGGCAUCGAUCAACAAACGGACCUACUUGCAUUUCAAAGAGCACAAGCAAGCCCACGACCAGAUAACGUUCAAGCUUAUGAACAACGUUACCGAGUGGGAUUUCAAAAGUGUUUACAACCUGAUUAUUCUAAACAAGCCACUCGUCGUCGAUAAUAUAAAAGAAUUUUCGAUUUUCACACCGGAGUUGCUCAGGCACGAGGAGUUCCUCGACCUGAUCGUCGACUUUGUAAGUCAAAAGGUGGAGUCCGGCAACCCCAUACAGAAAGGUGUGGUUGGCAUCUUUUACAUAAUACUCGGUAUGCUUUGGUGCACCGAUAUCAAUAUAACGCCUUAUGACAUUGAGGUGACGACGGAUCUCAUCAUUGGUGCUGGGACCGGCAGCUCAGCCUCUUUUUCGGUCUGUGUCGCUGGCGCUGUGUACCACUAUAUCAGACUCAAAGCUGCUGAAAAACAUGGCUCUGGGGAAUACAACAUCUCAUACGAAAUGUUCAAACCAUAUAAAAUGAAUUUGGCACAACACUAUUGUGGCUUUUCCGCUGAAGACAAAGAGGUAAUAAACAAAUGGGCCUUUUGUGUUGAAAAAAUAAUACAUGGAACUCCGUCUGGUUUAGACAACACAGUGUGCACAUUUGGAAAUACUGUGCUUAUAAAUCCAAUUGAACGUCAGUCUGAAUCCAACCUGCAACUAUUAGAGAAUUUCCCCUCUCUGCGAAUAUUAUUAGUCAAUACUGGUAUUCCUAGGUCUACUUCAGAACUUGUGAAAAAAGUGGCAGAUCUUCAUAAGUUGUCCCCAGAAGGUGUUGGAGCAGUUUUGGUCGCAAUGGAUUCGAUAGCACAAGAAUUUAUAAAAUUGAUGCAAGGUCUUAAGGAAAAUAACGAUCCUUCAGAUGUAGCUGCAAUUUAUAGAAGAUUAGAGCUUCUAGUUGAUCUUCAGCAAGGUCUCCUUACAACCAUCGGUGUAUCCCACGUGCGAUUGGAUGAAAUUUGCCAAAUAACAAAAAAGAGGGGCUUACACAGCAAACUUACCGGAGCUGGCGGAGGUGGUAAUGCAAUUACAUUGGUUCCUUCUGAUGUAGCAAGUGACGUUGUGGAACAAACUGUGGCUGAUCUGAGAUCGGCGGGAUUUCAAGUAGAUGACAUUAUAGUCAGUGGCGAAGGUCUUUCUCUGGACUUUAAAUAGUGCUUGCAAUAGACGAAGUUAAAAAUAAGUCUUCCAAAUUUUAUCACAAUGUUAAAAGAUUUCAGACUGAACUUUUUAUACAAAAACUAUGAUUGUUCAGAACAUUCAUGACAUUAAUUUUUUAUUAUAAUUUUUAGGUAUACAAUUAUUAUUGUAAAUUUAUAUUUACUAAAAAUGACUGAAAUCAAAGACUAUUAAGUUUUUACAUUUCUCAUAAUUAUAAGCUGGGAUUAAAAUCUCCGAGUGUUCAAUUUAGUUACAAUGAUUUUUUUAUUGAAAAAUGUUUGAUUAUCAAUUAACAAUAAAGCUGGAUUAAAUAUUUUCUUUGGA